UGAUUUCAUUUUGUUUCCAUUCUUUCCACCCUUUGUUUCUGUAGUCGCUAACAUAUUUGUUAACAUCAGCCAAAAAAGAAAUUGAACUAAUGUCAGAAGAGCUGAGGGGUCUGAAGUCAGAGAAGCAGCUUCUUGCACAGGAGGGAAAUGCUUUAAAGUUAGAAAAAGGUUCACUUUUAUCAAAGCUGGUAGAGGUGGAGGCCAAAAUAACUUUACUCCAGGAAGAUCAACAGAAACUGUGGUCGGUAAAUGAAACUCUUCAUUUAGAAAAGGAGACAGUCUUAGAAGAGAAGCAAGAUGCUGAAAAGCUUUAUCGGCAGGAACAGCUCCAUAAAGAAUCUUUGGCUGUUGAGAGAGAGCAGUUACUACGAGAAAUCAAUACUGCGCAGGAAGAACUUUUGAAGAUCAGUAUGGAAAAUGACUCUUUGCAGGCUUCCAGGGCAAGCUUGCAGACACUCGUGGAAGAGCUCCGGCUCAGCAAAGAUACUUUGAUUGCUGAGUCUAAGAAGGAUCAGGAAGAAAAAGAUCACCUGGAGGAUCAUAUCAAGAAGCUUGCUACUGAAAACAUUGCCUUGGCUAAAGAUAAAGAUGAAAUUAUUCAGAAGCUGCAGAGCUCUUACGAGGAACUAGUCAAAGAUCAGAAAACCUUGGUGCAAGAGAUUGAAGAUCUCACCACUGAGAAAAAGUCAGCUUUGGAGAAGCAGUCAGGUCUUGAUAACAUGUGCAUAGCCUUAAAAGUGGAAAGAGAAAAUCUUCUCCAAAGCAGCAAAGAUCUGCAGUUUGAGAAGAACAUGCUUCUUCAAGAUCAGGAAAAGCUGAGCGCCAGCCUGGAGGCCGCCCUCCAGAUCAAGCAGCUACUCAGUACGGAAGCCAGUGGGCUCCGCACACAGUUAGACGAUGCCCAGCGGGCUCUGAGGAAGGCUGAGCUGGAGAUGAGGCAACUUCAGGCUACAAACACCAGCCUCACCAAGCUCCUGGAAGAAAUCAAGGCCAGUCGGGAGAUCACAGACUCCGAGUGCUUCCAGCUUCUGCAUGAAAAAGAAACCUUGGCCUCAUCUGAGAGAAGACUCUUAGCUGAAAAAGAAGAACUUCUACGUGAAAACAGGCUCAUCGCUGAAAAACUGAAGAAAUGCUCGGAAGAGGCCGCCCAUAUCGAGAUAAGCCUGAAUGAGAAGAUCACUUACCUAACUUCUGAGAAGGAGAUGGUAUGUCAGAAAAUUACUAAGCUCAAAAAGCAGCAUGACAGUCUCUUGAAGGAAAAGUCUGUCCUGGAAAUGCAAAAUGGAGAUUUGCUUGCAGAGAGAGAGAAUUCCAUGAAAACCAUAGGAGACCUCAAAAGGAAAUACGAUCAAGAGUCUGCCAACAGAAGAAUCAUAGUGCACGAGAAGAUGAAACUCCUUGGUAAUCUCGACACUCUGAAGAAGGAGCUUCAGGAGAGGAAAAGGGAAAACCAAGAGCUGGCAGCCACCAAGCACGAGCUCUCUCUGAUGCUGAAAGAGGCCCAGAAUGCCAGGAAGAGUCUAGAAAAAGAGCAUACGAGCACCCUGCAAGCAAAGGAGAGUCUGAAUGCCGAACUUCAGACGUGCUGUUCUGAAAAGAGCAUCUUGCUGAGGGAUGGGCUGAACCUGCAAGAAGAGUGUCAGAGACUAAACGAGGAGAUCCACACCAUGCAGCAGUCCUUCAUCCUGGAAAAGGAAGCCAGAGCACAGGAAAACGAGUCGUCCCUGUACGAAAACAAUAAACUUCACGGGAGGAUGGCGCUCCUGGAGCAGGAGCUGGAAGAGUUACGAGUGUGUACUAAGCAGCUGCAGUCCGAAAAUUUUGUGCUCGUCCAAGAGAAGACCAAGUCAGAGCAGAAAGUGGUGGAGAUAAUUAAGGAGAAGGAGCUCUUGAGUGCAGAAACGGCUCGGCUCGCUGCCAAUAUAGAGACUCUGAAGAGCGAUUUCACCACCUUGUCCAAAUCCAAGUUGGAGCUGCAGGAACUGCACAGCUGCCUCACCAAGAUCCUGGACGACCUCCGGCUGAAGCACGAGAUGACGUUGGCCGAUCGCGCCAAGGUGGUACAGGACAACAAGAACCUCCUGGCCGAGAAGAGAGACAUGAUGCUGGCCAAGGAGGAGCUCCUGAAGGAGAAGGAAAGGCUGGCAGAAAGCUACUUCAUCCUUCAGAAAGAGAUUAGCCAGUUGGCCAAAACCAACAGCCAUAUCUCUGCCAACCUCCUAGAAUCUCAAAAUGAAAACCGUAUUUUGAGGAAAGACAAGAGCAAGCUCACUCUUAAAAUUAGAGAGCUCGAGACUCUUCAGUCAUUUACGGUAAAAUGGGAGGGUCAGGGACCAGGCCUGGACUACUAACCCCGGGCACUAACUUCCUAGCAGCCCUGGGGGGCUUGUCUUCGUGGCCACGUGAGGAAAUGCACCCCACUUAAGCAGCUGCUCAUAUGUCUCACGCUGUUGUUUUACCACCUGAAGGGGCAGUUGUUUACUAAAUCUCUAAUUGCAGUUGUCUCUCUCCAUUGGAAAGAAUUGUAAACUGUGAAUAAAAAGGAUACAUUUUUUAAUUUAAGGAGAAAUUUUCUUGAAAAAGUCAACUGUGGUUCUUAAAGGAUUAGGAACAGUAGUAAAAUGGGCACAUGGUGAAACAUAGUAUCUUCUAUUUGGCUUUUAACUGUUUGCUUGUGUCUUUCCAAGUGGAGUUGGAACACUCCAACGAACUUUCCCAUGGCUGGUAGUAGGGAAGGCAUAAUGCAGAAUUCCCAUCAGCUUUAGUAGACUGCAUGAAAUUGUAAGCAAGUGCCUAAAAAUAUUUUAAUUUCUUUUUUAUGAAAAACAAGAAAUAAAAAAUUUUAUUUUUUAUGAUUAUUUUUAUAUCAGCUAAGGAUUUGUGUCUAUAUGCAUAUGAUCUUUUUUAUUCACAGCCAUGUUUAUGUUCAUUACCCACAACUUCUCUCAUAGACUUUUCCACUUAAUGCUUCUCAUUAAAUACUUGAGCCUUAUGUUAAUAAUUGCCCAAAUAAUUUUUAUUUUUAGUUGGGAAAUUCCCAACCUAAAUUAUAGGUGAUUUUAAAAGCCCCAAAUCUGAAAUAGCAAGAAUAGUAUUUCAAACAUACAGCAAUAAAUACGAUGAAGGGAAAAUUCAGCUACAUAAGGAUGUUACUGUUCGUUAUCACUGAACGUUUCUCUCAAACAUAGGUCAGAGUGAUGAGCGUGACUGUCAGUGUAACUUUAGAGCUUGGAAGAUGUAGGGUUGGAAGGGUCUGGAAAUACACAAAUUGCAAAUUGCAGUUGGCUUGUUUGAAGAACGGCAUGAAAGGGGUUUGUAACUUGGUUCCCCUUUCAUGGCUCGGUCUGUUUGUCUCAGCAUUGGAUUGGUGGCUGGUCCUUCACCUUAACCACACAGACAGUGAGGGCUGCCUGAGCAGCACAGCCUGAGUGUCCCCGAUGGGCUUGCUGAGGGCUGUCCUCAUUUCUCACAGUGCUUUCUUGU